AUGGCCAACUUCGACGUUCGUCGGAUCGUGGUCGACCAAGGAAGUUUCAUCAACAUCAUGUACUCUCAACUGUUCAAAACACUCCUGCUCGACGAUUCUCACUUGACCCUCUGUGUGGGAUCAGAUCUCCAAGGUUUCAAUGGCACCACUACCAAACCAUGGGGCUACAUCGAGCUUCUCAUCACCUUCGGGGAAGCGAAAAUAGCAAGGGAUGAAGGAACUCAACUCAAUCUCUAUCAACAAGCAGCCCAACCAGUCAGCAAGCCGGUGCAUGAGGAGCAGAAGCCACUCCCUCACGUCGGAUCAGUCAACCUGGACGCACGCUUCACCAAAGACGAGCUAAAGAAACAGGGAGAAGACUCACGCCCACCUGCUGAGCCAGUCCAUCCUGUUCGCCCGAUUUCUGACACAGACUUCGAGCUCAUUCUCUUGGGUGAUGACCCCGACAGAGGUGUAAAGAUUGGAACAGGACUCCCCGACCUGGAGAGGAAGCAGCUCAAGGCAUGCCUAAGACAAAAUGCUGAUUUUUUUGCUUGGAGUGUUGCUCAACGUAGGCGUAGGCAGUCUCCCGAGAAAGUGGAGGCUGCCGAGAGAGCUAUAAAAUACCUCUUAGAGGCAAAUUUUAUUUCCGAGCCCAGAUAUUCAACUUGUCUCACAAAAGUUGUACUUGUUAAAAAGAGUAUGUGUGAUGAUUAUACUGAUCUUAACCGGGCAUGUCCCAAGGAUGCAUAUCCACUACCUAAUAUUGAUAGGUUGGUCGAUAACUCGGCCGAUUAUAAACUGUUAUCAUUUAUGGAUGCAUACUCAGGUUAUAAUCAAGUACCUAUGGCAAAAAGCAUCAAACAAUGCAAGACUUUCAUGACGGAGUCGGGUAACUACUACUACAACAUAAUGCCCUUCAACCUGAAAAACGUCGGAGCAACUUACCAGCGAAUGAUGAACAAAGUGUUCCACAGGGAGAUAAGAGACACCCUCGAAGUCUACAUGGAUGACAUGAUCGUGAAGUCGAGAAGGCAACUUUCACGUUUACGUGAAAUAGCGGCCAACCUAUUUCAUGUGAAAUGGACACAAUUAGCCUUACAGUUUCAAGCCUUGCAACAUGUAAAUAUACUUCAUCAUUAUCCAAAACUGCUUUUUGCAUAA